UAUGUACACAAAUAAUCGGGAUUGAGCAACUGAGGAAUACUUCUUGUCGAAUUUGUCAACAUUUCUGCAGAAAUUCUGCAUGUUGUAGCAGACGAAAUGCCUUGUGAUACAAUAUCACCUAAAACCCACCAUCUUCUAAGCAUGCUAAGUGGUGUUGGUUCAAAGGAUUCUACCAUUAACCAGUAUAAACUGAAUCAAAUUCGGACUUAUUAUCCGGAUGGCAAAAGGAAACGAGCCGCUUGUCUGUGCUUCCGAAACGAAUCAAAGAAUGAGGUCUUGCUUGUGUCUAGCAAGUCAAGUCAAGAUUUAUGGGUGAUACCAGGCGGUGGCCUCGAACCUGAUGAAACACCAGCUGUGGCAGCUGUCAGAGAACUAAUAGAGGAAGCGGGCGUGAGUUCGAGAUUGGUGAACUUUGUGGGUAACUUUGUAGAUGCAUCCAACAAGCACAGAACGUCGGUGUUUGCUUCAGUAGUUACAGAAGAGUUUGAUUCGUGGGAAGAUCGAGAAAGGAUAGGGCGAUGUCGAAGGUGGUUUUCUGUGGAGGAGGCAUCAAGGAGACUCAUAGAGUACAAGCCGUAUCAGGAUCAGUAUCUGCAGGUUGCCAUAGCAGCAAGAUGAUCUGCGGCGGGGGUUUCAUCCGUGGGGGAUGAAGCCUAAAGAUGUCACCAUCAUCAUCCAAAGUUUCUUCAGGAGCAACAUGCAGUGUCUGUGAGAAAAAGCGGGAGCUGGUUACCAGCGAAGAUCCUGGGGGACGUUUCACAAAACUUGUCAUCAGUGACAAAUGACAGUUUUUGUUAUAAGCUACUGAAAUCCUUGCUUGUGAUUGGUUAUCAGCACAUCCCCCUGGUUUAAAGUUUAAGCUCUUCACAGUCCCACUGCCUAAAGCUAACUGAUGUGUGUGUACAUUCUGCCAAAGAGUUUUGAUAACAGAAUGAUGGUGAACAUUCAAACACUGGGAAAGAACUCCCUGCCUAUUUAUCUGCAACCUGUUUACAAUGACUUCAUGCAUUUUACCUUUCGCUCAAGUCAGAUUAGAUAUAAAGCCUGACGUUGCAGUUUUUGGUGCUAAGCAUGGACAGGAAUCUUUGCACUUUUGAAAGUUGACAGUGGAUCAAUUCAUUUGGAGACACCCUGGAUACCUUUUAGUGAAUACAUGUACCUUGCAUUACAGACUGCCUCAGCCAACUCAUAACUACAUGUACUGUACAUGUAACUAUGGACAACUCCUCUUCUAAACUCAGCCUCAUUUUCAUUGUACAUACAAUUAAAUGUACAUAAAUAUAUUCUACAUGAUUGGAUGAUCAUGUGAGCAGAGUUAGCAGACAUUGCAAAUUGAUAUACCAUAACUUUUGUGCUAAUGAUUGGGGGGGGGGGGGGGAGAGAAUAAAAAUUGUACUUUUGAAGGCCAUUUGCUCCAACUGUUGUAGGGCUGCCCUUAUGUUCCAAGCCAACUUUCUUGUACCAUGGUAAUCAUGCCAAAAUCAUUUCCUGGAUCUGCCAUUGAUGUGUUCAAUACAUAAUCUAUCCCCAUAUUGUUUUCAAGAAACAAGGAGGAAAUACUGGUUUCAUUCUUGUGUAUUCUUAAUCAGUACCUUUGCACAUGCGUUGCAGUGUGUGCUACAGUAUGUGUACAUGUACAUACAUGUCAUUAAAGCUUGAACAAAAGCUAGAGGAUUUCAAUGGUUGUAAAUGAAUACUACAUGUAUGUACAUUUGAUGCAUGUGAAGUACACUACAGGUACAUGUACAUGUGUAGGGCAUUAAUUAUAUUGAUCUUAUGCUUGGAUGGGCCAUAAUACCCUUAUAUUAGAACUUGAUACAUUUAUCUUGUUUGCGUUUAUGUAGACGAGAGAUAAAAGGAAGCUGUGUUCACUUGACCUUCUUCACCUAUUGAAAGCUUUUAUAAAAGUCUCUGUAGGUUGACCAACUUGACCGGUUAUUGUUCUUAUUAUUGAUUUGAUAAUUCAUUUGACCUCAAGACAACACGGCCUGUACUUCUCAAUGAAUCUACAUACACUUGGUAUUGGUUUGCAUGUUUAUGAGAAACCUUGAGCGGUAUUCUUUGACCAGUAUUUGUUUUCUACCAGUGUAGUGCGGUACCACUUACAGGGUGUAACAAUUUAAAUCCGGUCAAUGUAUUUGUUGACGUUGGUUUAAUUUCCUGGGUAAACUUGACCUGGACUGACCAUUGAGUGUCAAAUAUCAAUUUACCGGGGUAUUAAUUAUAAUUUGGGCAUGUACAUGUACCUUUACAUGUUGGCUACAUACACUGUACAAUGUAAAUGUACUGUACUCUGUAAAUGUACAUGUAUAGUCCAAACUUUGUUUGUGCUUUCCUCCUGGCACUUUGCCAAGCCUAACCAAGAGCAUUCAGGGCAGAGCUCAUCAACUGUCUGAUAUCAUAUCAAAAUCUGCUGGGUCAUGUGGCAGUAAAUAUUGACGAUAAUUUUACAGAAUUUACCUGUUGGUUUUCUUCUUAGAAGUGUUCACAUGUCUAUUGUUGUCCAAAGAUAAUUCCUUUUGAAACAUCAGUUUAUCAAAGACCUUGCAUACAUGUAGUACAUGUAGUUUGAAACCUUGUAUACAAAUCGAAUGUGUCAUUUCUUUCAGGUUCUCUUUGAAAAGUGUGUUCAUAUUUAUUUGGCUUCUCAUGUAGGCUGAACAAGAGCACCAAUUGCACCAGAUACGAAUUACAGAUCAUUGUCAAUUUCCAUUCAGAUUUAUAUUUAUUUCUUGUAUAAUUUCUUAAUUCAUUAUUCUAAAGCAAGAAAAACCUCAAGAGUUUAUUUUUAAUAGUUAUUUGUCUUACACUGUGUGUUCAUGAUAGUGACACUCUACUUUGAUUUUACAUGUGAGUAUUUUUUUGGAAUUCUUAAUUGGCACCACUGGUAUAAGUUGGAGGUUUUAUUUAUUUGUAUUAAAAAAUUGUAACUUUGUUAUCAUUAGGUCAAUAUCAUUCUACGGAUCAUUCCUGGCCUUCUAUAAGAAUUUCACAUCUUGUUAUCAUAACAAAACAAUGAGGGAACCGUUAUCGUACAAAUACAUGUGUCAGAAAUGUCAUCUUUUAAUUCUUUUUAUCUUGAAAUACCUUGGCCUUGCCCUCCCACAUGUACAGGUAGAUGCAUGUUAUGGAGUCAUCUAAAAGAAGGCAGGCCCCCAUUAGUAUGCAUUAUAUUUAAGUUCCCUUCAAUAAAGAAUUGUCAGUACUAGUUACAUAUCUAGAAAAACAAAUUCUUGUAGGAGGAGAAUUUCUAUGCACGGGGCAUUUUUGUUUAUUUGUUUGUUUGUUUUUAAAUCUAAGAUGGUAACACUUUCCAUUUCUGAUUAAAUAUUAAUAAAAACAUGAACAACAGAAGAGAGCAACUGGAUUGAAAAUCAAUUUUAUUGCAAGAAAAUUUGACAUACGUACAUAAAGAUGUAGAAUCUGUAACAAAUAAUGUGAAGCGGUAACCAUUGUUCUAGACGUGAAUUGCUCAAACUUACAUACAUGUAUGAUAAUAAUUUUCAUGUACAUGUAUAUUAUUUGUAUAUAUAUCUAAAGAAGAAUAUGUUUUACCAGGCUGCAGUGGCAAUGCAUAAAUAAAAUCAAUGCAAAAAACA